AUGAGUACAAGUGAAGCACUCAAGAAUAUCAAGAAUAAACAGAGGAGGCAGAAGGUUUAUGGCGAUAUCAAGCGAGCCAAGGAGAAGCAACGUCACCAGCUUCGAGCAGAAAGAGCCAAAGAAGAGAGACUCAACCCUGAAUUACGAGAGCAGAGGAUUGCUGAGAAUGUGCCUGAUACUAUAGAGUCGAAAAGAAUAUACGACGAGACCAUUGCACAGGAAGUUGAAGGUAACGAUGAGUUUGCCGAGUAUUUCGAAAACCUUACUAAAGAGCCCAAGAUUUUGCUUACGACAAAUGUUAAUGCCAAAAAAGCAGCAUAUGAAUUUGCAGAUAUGUUGAUGGACUUCCUCCCCAAUGUGACUUUUAUCAAGCGUAAGAAGGAUUUUAGUAUUCAGGAUAUGGCAAAAUUCUGCUCGAAUAGAGAAUAUACUACAUUGAUCAUCAUUAACGAAGAUAAAAAGAAAGUUAAUGGGAUGACAUUGAUAAACUUACCGGAGGGUCCGACUUUUUACUUUUCAAUAACAUCAAUUGUUGACGGCAAGAGAAUCAAGGGCCACGGGAGAGCCACCGACCAUAUUCCAGAGUUGGUGCUAAAUAACUUUAACACGAGGUUAGGUAAGACCGUUGGUAGGUUAUUCCAAUCAAUAUUCCCACACAGACCAGAGUUACAAGGACGACAAGUCAUUACGUUGCAUAACCAAAGAGACUAUAUUUUCUUAAGGAGACACAGGUAUGUGUUUAGAAACGAAGAAAAAGUUGGCCUACAAGAAUUGGGGCCGCAGUUUACAUUGAAGUUACGGAGAUUGCAAAAGGGUGUUAGGGGAGACGUUGUGUGGGAGUUCAAGCCGGAUAUGGAAAGAGACAAGAAAAAGUUUUACUUGUAG